CCGCCCCUAGCGCUAUAGCCUCUGAGUGCUCUUUCUGCGCUGCUCUCCGCUGCUAACGCCGCCAUGAUAGGGGCUGUCGGACGUUGUUCUGCUGGUGCCCUGCGGGCUCUGAAGCCAGCAUGUAGCCCACUCCAGCUCGGGCAGAAUCUUCUCAGAUGUUCCCCUGCAGCACUGCACUCCCGGAGAGACUAUGCAGCUCAGACAUCCCCAGCAGCCAAGCCUGGAACAGCAGUUGGUCGUAUUGUUGCGGUUAUCGGUGCCGUCGUGGACGUCCAGUUUGAUGAAGAUCUCCCACCGAUCCUGAAUGCCCUGGAGGUACAAGGCCGAGACACCAGGCUGGUGCUGGAAGUUGCACAGCAUUGGGUUGCAGCCAUCCAUGCAGAACCCCCAAUUUGGCGAGAAAUGCGAUUUGAGCACAGGAAAUCUUGCGUUACAUGA